AUGCCACAGUCAGACCUGCAUGAGCAUUGCAAAGACAAGGAGUCAUUAAUCAUGCGGGCACCAAGGUCCCAGAAAGACAUACAUAUGUUCAUAGAGGCACUCCGCUCUCAAAGACUUAUGGAGGACAAAUGUGAUGUUGUGAUCCUUGUUGGUGCAAGGAGGUUUCCUUCCCAUCGAUGCAUCCUGGAAGCUAAUUGCCCCAUGUUCAAGAACAUGUUCCAGUCUGGGAUGAAAGAGGUGAAUCAGACUGAAAUACGCCUGGAAUCUGUGGAUGAAAUGGCCUUUCGAGCCAUUUGGGAUUAUAUGUAUGGAAUUGAGCUCAUUUUUGAAGACCAACAACUCCUGCCUGUGUUGUUAGCUGCUGACUAUCUUCAGAUGGAGCAAGUUGUUGAUUGCAUAUCAACAGCUUUUGAAAAAUCUCCUACAGUAGAGAAUGCAGCCAUAGCAGCCAACUCUGACAUAAUGGCUGAACCGUCAAAUGCACAGCUCAUCCUUGAAGCAUCCAGAUACCAUAUACCUUCACAGAGGGAUUUGAUAGUCACUCAACGAACCAAGCCAAGACUUUAUCAGGACAGAAUCUGGUGUUUUGGAGAGGGUCCUUCAGAUGGUCAGAAAGUGAAUGUUCCACUCCCACCUGCUUCUCUAGGGCUCCAUGCACGGGCCACAGCAACUUCUUCAGAUGCUGCCUACAUCCUGGGUGGAUUUGGAAUUGCCUCUAACCCAAGACAUUCUCCAAUUCGAUCUUGUUCUUCCAAUGCAGCACGAUUGGAUAUUGCUGCACAAACGUGGGUCUCACUUCCAAAGAUGUCGACAACAAGAAGUCAUGCUGUUGCUACCAUCCAUAACUCUGUCUUGUAUGUUGUGGGAGGUAGUGGGAAUUCAGGAUUGGCCACAGCUAGUGUAGAACGCCUGGACAUUCGCACUAAGAAGUGGGAAGAGCUACCACGAUUGCCUUGUGGUGUGGCUGGGGCUGCUGUUGCAAUUCACAAUGAAAAGCUCUUUGUCACUGGUGGUGAGGAAUUAACAUGGGAAGAUGCUUUGCAUGCUGACACUUUCAUGUUUGAUGAAGGAGGUGCCCGAUGGAUCAAGUUACCCAGCAUGACAAGCCCAAGGAAGUAUCAUGCUCUUGUGACUUGGAGGAGUGACCUUUAUGCAGUGGGAGGAAUGAAGAAUUCCACAGUGGAAACAUGGGAUGGACAUAAUUGGGUUCAGAUUCACAAAUUCAAUGGUCUUCUCAGGAGAAAAUUUCUACAGGGUGGCCCAUUUAAAAGUGGACCCGGAAUCACACCAUCUACAACCUCCUUCUCCAAUAACCUCUGCUGCCGCUUACGAGUGCCGAGCGGAUCCACUUUUCAAUAGACCACACUGUAGAAUAACUGAUUUUCAUUGACCAAACCAGUAUCGUGUUUUCAUGUUCCUCCUACACUUGAACCUCGCUUCUGUUGCAUGGAUAUUCUGGGACAAAAACCCUUCUGUGAAACCAAGGCAAUAGAAGAAAUCUCCACUCUCCCUAAUGUCUCAAGAACCCCCCUUUAUGUGGCGUGCUUAAGCUCGGUACUAGCAAUGAAAGUUUUCUAAGUAACGUUUAAAGUUAUACGAAAUUGCAUUACUGUCUUGUUUUAUUGGCCAAAAUUGAAGCGUU